UGUUUGCGGCUCUUGAGCUGGUGCUGUGCUCUGCGUAUGGUACGGCGCCAAGUCUCACUUGUUUCAGAACAUAGCACCCGUUUCGAAAGAUGCAGAGCCAAUCCUCAACCUGACUCAAGGGUCACUGCAGGUUCACCCACGCAUGAAUGCCGAAGUACGUUGGGUGUCAUAGAUGGCUUGUUUACAACAGACAUUUGUACGAUACAGCCGUCAGCCGGCUCAAUCCCGUGGGAUGCCUCGCAUUCCUGCGGUGCACUUUGUCAUUUGAGAUACCCAGAUCCCUACAUGCUCCAUGCAGGCCGAGCGACGGCGAGUAUGCCCCAGGCAUUGAGAUGUCCGAUCCUGCUGCUGUUCUUGGGCGCCACAGCGGAAACCCUUCCGUCCAAACGGCACGGAGCCGGACACCAUGAGUCAGAGGUGGACUCCUCCGGUGCGGUGACGCCAGGUCGCCGAAUGAUGAGGGCUGAGUCCCACGAGUCCUUGGCGCAUGUUUCGAGACACUACGAGGACCCGGAAGAUGAGCUCUACAAGGCUCUCGCUUCACAGCUUGGUGACAUGAAGGAGAAGCCAGGAAAUGCCUCAGCGGUGCCAGUGGACUGCCAGUGGUAUGACUGGAGUCCAUGGUCAUUCUGCUCCAAGACAUGCGGCACAGGCACCUACCAUCGGAAGCGCACCGUAGCUGUCCAAGACACUUCUGGUGGCAAGACUUGCACAGGGGACGACCAGGAGUUUGGCGACUGCAAUGAGAUUCCAUGCCCUGUGGAGUGCGAGUGGGGGGACUGGACCCAGUGGUCAGACUGCUCUGCGAGCUGUGAUGGUGGUGUUCGCCAAAGGGAGAAGCCCGUCCUCGUGGAGUCCAAGCAGGAUGAACAUUCCUGCAAAUUAGAGGAUGGCGUGCAAACAGGUGAGUGCAGCACCCAGCGCUGCAGCCACGACUGCGCGUGGGGCGACUGGUCCAGCUGGUCCAGCUGCUCAGCCAGUUGUGCCGGCGGCACCAAGAAUAGGACACGCGAAGUGCGCCUGCCUGCGGUUGAGGACGGAAAGCAGUGUGACGGUGACAAGAUGGAGGAGAUGUCUUGCAAUCUCAAGGCUUGCCCUGUUGACUGCGUGAUCGCAGAUUGGAGUCGUUGGGAGCCCUGCUCCGCCACCUGCGGCAACGGCACCAAAACUCGGCGUCGAGUAGCGGAGAUACAGGCCACUGCUGGUGGCAGCGAAUGUUCGGGGCCUUUUACCGAGGAGACGGAGUGCUCUGAGGGCGGCUGCCCGGUGCACUGCGUCUGGGAUGACUGGAGCGGUUGGAGCAGCUGUAGCGUCUCCUGCGGCGGCACGGCGACCUUCUCCAGCAGCCUUCGCCGGCGCUUGGUGACAGAAGCCAACGGUGGUGUUCCUUGCCUGGGCGAUGAGGCUCAGCGCCGGCCCUGUGGGGAGGAGAACUGCCCAGUGGAUUGCAAGUGGAGCGACUGGAGCGAGUGGAAUCAGUGCACCAAAACCUGCGGCGGUGGGCUGACUGAGCGCCUCCGCAAUUCCACAGGGCCUACGUACGGCGGUCAGGAGUGCGAUGGCGCCUCCCGAGAUGUGAUGUCCUGCUCCCCGACGCCCUGUCCGGUGGACUGCAAGCUCUCAGACUGGAGCCCCUGGACUGAAUGCAGCCUACACUGCGGGAACGGCACCGCUCUACGCUUCCGAGCGGAGGCAAACUCCGCGGAACACGGCGGCAAGGCAUGCAAGACUGAUCGACUUCAUGAGGUCGCUGCCUGUCUGGGCAGUGACUGCAAGCCCACAGGGGUGCUGAUCAAAUCUGGUCAAGUGACUCAAGUCACGGGCGUUAUGCAGGUGGUGACAGAGGACCCUGUGGGCUUCGCCAGCAACCCCAUGUAUGCAUUGGUGGCGCGGGAGGCCAUCCGGCAAUUUGCUACGGAGGACGUGGAGCGCGUGCACGUUUCAGUACAGCCGGCGCAACGGUACAAGCCCGGGCCUCCUCGGACUGCCAAUGUUUGGUUUAGCAUGCUGGUUCCGAAGGACAAGAACGUCACUACUGUCCGGGGAAACCUCACGGACACCGACACUUUGACAGCUGGCCGCGUUCUGCGCCAAAUGCUUCGGAAGUCCGGCAUGUAUAUUUUCACCAAUGUCACCAAGUUCUUGGUGAGCAUGCCCCGGCCAAAGCCGGUGGUCAAGAAAGUGAUGCCCGAGCCGAAGAAUAUGACCCGCGUCGUUUGCUUCAUGAAGCUGCUGGUGCCGCAGCCUUUGCUCUUCGCGGAAACUGACCCCGCGCUCGCCGCGGUGCAGCGCUCCAUCGCGGAGACCGCCGACGUGGCUGAUGACGGCGUCCAUGUGUCGCUCAUGCCCGACAUGAUGCUGAAGACGCAAAAGGUGGACAGCCAGCAGAAAUCAGGUCCCAAAGCGCCUUUGGACUCCUGGUUUACGCUGAUGGCACCGGCAAAACACACGAUCCCAGAAGCCGAUGAAGAGGCAUUGAGCGUGGCCAAACGCUUGAACAGUGUUGGCCAGGGCGGUAUCUCCGCACGCCUCAAAGCGAAUUUGAUUGCCGCUGACUUGCAGGCUUGGGACUCCAGCGAGGUGAAGACCCUGAUCUGCAAGGCUGAAGUCAGCGGCUGGGACCAGGAGCCUGUGGCUUUCGAUCAGCGUGUAACAGGUGUGGUGCAGCUUGCCUUGACGAACCCUCGGCAGUUCUCGCAAGAUGCACGCGCUGAGCAGGGUACCAGGCAGGCAAUUGCCGAGAUAGCAGACGUGCCGCAGGAUCGGGUGCAGGUGUCCCUUAUGCCUGGCAAGGCAACCAUGGACGACGAGGCAAUGCUCCUACAGUUCGAAAAUCAAGAUGUCGAGGUGUCGAAUACCGAUGAAGACGAGGUCUCUGCAUGGUAUCUCAUCAUUGUGCCAGCCACACCAGUGGACGGCGCUUGGAAUUUGGCCCACAAGCUGAAUUCCUUGGACUUGAGCUUGGCGGAGCUGAAGCUGCAAGACUUGCUGAUGGACCAGGGCGUCAGUGAGGGAGUGAAGAUCUUAUCCUUCACCGCGCAGAGCGGCUCCGCUGUGUCGCAGCUGAAACAUCAAGACGAGCUGGAGGGAGACGCGGAGCUACCACCGGCGAAAAGCGAGCCUUCAGGCGAGGCUUCCUCUACCACGCUGAGUGCAGAGGAGGACAUUGAGCCCCCCACCGUCUCCAGCCCAGGUGGUGGCGAUGAAGAAGGUGAUGACAAGGUGCCCUCUUCCCAGGAGAUCCAGAUGCGAAUCAGGAUGAAGGCGCUUGGCCGUGCCGAAACUUAGGCGUUGAGGACUGAGCAUAGCCCGGGUUUUGAAUGGCCAUGGCGUGUUACGAAUUUGCCACGUGCAGGGCCCUGGCUCCUCUUUGCUGCAGAAGUCGAGUGCACCAGUCAAGCUGAGCAAGCUGAUGCUGACUGCCGCUCUUGCAUGGACAUACGUUUCGGGCUUUAGCUGAGAUCGUCCUCCAAAUCA